GUAAAAAAUAGAAAAGUAUGUAAAAGUUAUUCCACUAAAGAUGAGUAUUGUGCUGCUUUUAUCCAACCCUUAUUUCUAUAUGGGGUCUUUCUACCUUUCUUUGGUCUUUCCAGUCAAGGCAACACAAAGAAGGCAAUUAUUGUAAAAGCUAAUUUUCUUUUCCUUAAAGUUCAUAUACAUAGAAAAUACUCUUUUUAUUUCCGAACAAGAAGAAAUAAGGGAAAAUGGCUGCUGCUAGAUCAUGCUUUCGAAACCUUUGGAGAGCAAGUAGGGAAUUGUUUGAAGGAGACGCAGUAAUCCUCGAGGCCGCAAAAGCUCGCAUUCGAACGGGAUUUCGUGAAAGCGCUGGACUCGCUGGGGAUCAAGCUAAAGAAAAAGUCAACUUGGGAAACGAAGUUGCUUCUCUUCUUCGAAGAAACGUGGUACAGGCUGUAAAACAAGACAAUGGUGUCUACUCAUUGAAGAUUCGUGAUUCUACUGAAAUUAGUGAAAACAAGCAUAGGACAAAAACACUCAAGUACUGAAGUUAUGAUAAAUUAAUAAAUCAGACAAAAGGAUG